AUGGUUGGCAAUCCGAUCCCUCUAGGAGUUCUGGAUGAGGCCAGCUAUUGGAAAUUGUUCAAGAAAUGUGCAUUUGGUUCCGAAUACGCCGGUGAAUGUCCACAGCUAGAAGACAUAGCAAAGAAGAUCGUUAGCAGGUUGAAGGGGUUGCCACUUGCGGCAAGGAUGGUAGGCGGGUUGUUGAAGGAGGGGAUGAAUGAGAAGGACUGGAGAAACAUCGCAGAAAGUGAAAUCUGGCAACUACCGCAAAACGAAGAGGGUGUCCUGCCUGUCCUACAAUUGAGCUAUCAAUGUCUUCCCUCACACCUAAAGCGGUGUUUUGUUUUCUGUUCCCUCUUCCUCAAAGAUCGUCAGUUUGAUGAACGAGACUUGAUCCGGCUUUGGAUGGCAGAAGGCUACGUUGCUCAAAACAACAAUAUGACGAUGGAGGAUACGGGAAGCCGCUACUUCCUCGACUUAGUGAACAGGUCUUUCUUUCAGGAAGCUCCUGUGGGAUCGAAAUAUGUGAUGCAUGAUCUCAUACGUGAUCUUGCUCAAUUUAUUUCAGAGGGGGAGUUUUGCGGGAUCGAUGAUGAUGAGUGGAAAGAGAUCCCUAAUACGACUCGUCAUCUGUCAGUAACAGUAAUCGAUGAAACUAAGUUAUCAGAGUUUUACUGUUAUGAAAAAUUACGGACACUCAUGAUCAAUUAUAAAAUUCGUUGGUAUGUCGAGAGCUCUUUGUUCCUCCAGUUUGAAAGAUUAAAAAACAUUCGAGUGUUGAUAUUGCAGAGUUGUGGUUUGUUGGAGUUGCCUGAGACAAUUGGUGGCUCGAUACACCUCCGCUACCUUGACAUAUCCCACAACUUUUACUUUAGGAGGCUGCCGGAGUCAUUAUGUGGUCUUUACAAUUUGCGAGUCCUGAAUCUGUGGGGCUGUGAACUACAGAGUUUCCCGCAUGGCAUGAGUAAGUUGAUCAACUUGAUGCAUCUUAAUGCAGAAGACAAAAUAAUUUUCAAGAUAAAUGAUGUUGGGAAGCUGACUUCUCUUCAAGGACUGUGUUCAUUUAAAGUACUCAAGGAUCAGGGACACGAGGUUGCCCAAUUAGGCAGUCUGAAACAACUUCAUGGACAACUUCGAAUUACCAACCUCGAGAACGUUGAGAAUAAACAAGAAGCAAGCAAGGCUAAUCUGAACAACAAACAGUACCUUGAUGCACUGGCCUUACAAUGGACAUCGGAUGAUGGCUUCAGUUUGGACGGCAAUGAAUUAGUUGUGUCGGAGGAGGUACUCGAAGGUCUCCAACCACAUCAGGCUCUCAAACGUUUGACGAUCAGAGGGUACAUUGGUGUCAGAUCACCCAGUUGGCUGCAGACACAAUUGUUAGCGAACCUGAUAACUCUUGAUCUAUACAACUGCAAAGCAUGGGAGGAUAUUUCAUGUAUUGGACAGCUACCGAAUCUCAAGAAACUUUACGUGAAGGGAAUGCCUGCAGUGAAACAAAUAAGUCAUGGAUUAAGUACAGAGAGCAAGUUCUUGUCUAAUCUGGAAGAGCUAGUGCUGGAGAACAUGGUGGCAUUGGAGGAACUCCCGAGUCUUGGACAACUGCCGUGUCUUAAGGUUCUUCGCAUCGAUCAAAUGUCAACAAUGACGAAGGUGGGCCACGGGUUCUUUGGUUAUAGAGAUCAAGGCAAGUGUUUUCCUUGCUUGGAGGAGCUCAGCUUCAGCAGCAUGCCAAAAUGGGAAGAGUGGUCUUGGGCUGAUGGCCGAGAGCUGUUUCCCUGCUUGCGAAAUCUUGGAAUUGAAAUAUGCCCGAGGCUUAAGAGGAUGCCUCCCCUCCCUCCUUCACUUGAAUCACUGUCGUUAUGGCAAGUCGGGUUGACAGAAGUUCCAAUAUUAUGGGAAGAAAUCGAUGGAAGUAGCAGCAGUAUGACCGUUUCAGAAUUGAAAAUAUAUAGUCUUGAAAAGGUCGAGCUGAUGGACAUCCCGGAAUGUGAGAGACUCCCUUGUCUUGGACAACUGCCGCGUCUCAAGGUUAUUCGCAUCGAGAAAAUGCCAGAAGUGAAGAAGGUGGGCUAUGAAUUCUUUGGUUCUAGAGACCAUUGUUUUCCUAGCUUGGAGGAGCUCACGGUCACGGACAUGCCAGAAUGGGAAGAGUGGUCUUGGGCUGAUGGCCGAGAACUGUUUCCCUGCUUGCGAGAACUUGGAAUUGUACAAUGCCCGAGGCUUAAGAAGUUGCCUCCCCUCCCUUCUUCGCUUAAAACAUUAAGAUCAUCUGGAGUUGGAUUGACAGAAGUUCCAGGGUUAUGUGAAGGAACUGAUGGAAGUAGCAGCAGUAUGACCGCAUGUUUUUCAGAAUUUAAUCUUGAAAAGGUCGAGCUGAUGGACAUGGUGGCAUUGGAGGAACUCCCGAGUCUUGGACAUCUGCCGAGUCUCAAGUUUCUUCGCAUCGAAAGAAUGCCAGCAGUGAAAGAGAUUGGACAUGGAUUCUUUAAUCACAUCGACAAGUAUUGGUUUCCUAGGCUAGAAAAGGUACGUCUUGAGGACAUUUCAGCUUGUGAGGAACUCCCUUGUCUUGGACAACUGUCGUGUCUUAAGGUUCUUCACAUCGAGGGAAUGUCAGCAGUGACGAAGGUAGGCCACGAGUUCUUUGGUUGUAGAGAUCAAGGCAAGUGUUUUCCUUCCUUGGAGGAGCUCAGGUUCAGCGGCAUGCCAAAAUGGGAAGAGUGGUCUUGGGCUGAUGGCCGAGAGCUGUUUCCCUGCUUGCGAAAUCUUGGAAUUGAAAUAUGCCCAAGGCUUAAGAGGAUGCCUCCCCUCCCUCCUUCACUUGAAUCACUGUCGUUACGGCAAGUCGGGUUGACAGAAGUUCCAAUAUUAUGGGAAGAAAUCGAUGGAAGUAGCAGCAGUAUGACCGUUUCAGAAUUGAAAAUAUAUAGUCUUGAAAAGGUCGAGCUGAUGGACAUCCCGGAAUGUGAGAGACUCCCUUGUCUUGGACCACUGCCGCGUCUCAAGGUUAUUCGCAUCGAGAAAAUGCCAGCAGUGAAGAAGGUGGGCUAUGAAUUCUUUGGUUCUAGAGACCAUUGUUUUCCUAGCUUGGAGGAGCUCACGUUCACGGACAUGCCAGAAUGGGAAGAGUGGUCUUGGGCUGAUGGCCGACAACUGUUUCCCUGCUUGCGAGAACUUGGAAUUGUACAAUGCCCGAGGCUUAAGAAGUUGACUCCCCUCCCUUCUCCGCUUAAAACAUUAAGAUUAUUUGAAAUUGGAUUGACAGAAGUUCCAGGGUUAUGUGAAGGAACUGAUGGAAGUAGCAGCAGUCUGACCGCAUGUUUUUCAGAAUUUAGUCUUGAAAAGGUCGAGCUGAUGGACAUGGUGACAUUGGAGGAACUCCCGAGUCUUGGACAACUGCCGAGUCUCAAGGUUCUUCGCAUCGAGAGAAUGCCAGCAGUGAAGAAGGUGGGCUAUGGAUUCUUUGGUUCGAGAGACCAAGGCAAGUGUUUUCCUAGCUUGGAGGUGCUCAAGUUUAGGGACAUGCCACAAUGGGAAGAGUGGUCUUGGGCUAAUGGCGGACAGCUGUUUCCCUGCUUGCGAGAACUUGAAAUUGUACGGUGCCCGAGGCUUAAGAGGAUGCCUCCCCUCCCUCCACUUGAAACAUUAAGUUUAGAUGAAGUCGGAUUGACAGAAGUUGCAGGGUUACGGGAAGGAAUCCAUGGAGGCGGCAAUUGUAUAACUGCUUCUCGUUCAUCAUUGGAAAUAAGUCAAUGUCCAAAUCUAAGAAAUCUGGAAGAAGGGUUGCUCUCACACAGCUUCCUAAAUAUCCGUGACAUUGCGAUAUUGGAAUGCGCUGAACUCGUGUGGCUGCCGGUGAAGGAGUUUAAAGAACUCACCUCCCUUGAGAAGUUGUCAAUCCGCAGUUGCCCGAAGCUCUUGAGCAUGACGCGAGAUGGGGACAUUAACAUCUGCCUCCCACCCUCGAUCAAGGAACUAGUGCUGUCUGACUGUGGGAAUCUGGGAAAAUUGCUACUGGGCUGCCUGCACAACUUGACCUCACUCACUCGUUUGGAAAUAGGCGACUGCCCGUCCAUAGAAUCUCUUCCAGAAACGUCGCUGCUUCACCUGAAACGACUUGAAUAUCUGAAGAUUUGGAAGUGUAGUGAGUUGAGAUCAAUAGACGGGUUGCGAGUUCUGGAAUCCCUCAGAGAAUUGACCAUCAAACUAUGUCCCAAGCUGUUGCUGAAUGAAGGGAAUGAGCAAGUGGAGGGUUCGUCGGUAACUGAAUUAUGCAUCGACGACACAGCCCUGUUCAAACUAUCGCUCUUAAGAAGGACACUUCCAUCCGUCCGUGCUCUCACAAUCUCAAACUUUCCUCGAGCGACGAUGUCUGAUGAGGAGGAGCAGUUGUUGCGAAGCCUCACAGCUCUCAGAUCGCUAGAAUUCUUCAAUUGCGAGAAUCUACAAUCGCUACCGAGAGAGUUGCAUACCCUUUCCUCCCUCCGGCUUUUAACAAUAAUUGGAUGUCCGGAGAUUCAGGCGAUACCUGAGAAGGGGCUGCCGACGUCCCUCAGGAAUCUAAUUUUCAUUGGCUGCCAUCCGAUGCUGAGUGAGCAGCUGAAAAAGCAUUUGGACGAGAUGAAGAGCUCGGGUCGAUUUUUGCCUGUUGACCAAUUGGAGAUACAUGAAGAUAAAAGGAGUAGCUCUAGAUAUGAUUCAGAAGAAGAAGAAGAAGAAGAAGAAGUAGAAUUGUCUGAUUUAGAAGAAGAAGAAGAAGAAGAAUUGUCCGAGUAACAGUAUUGCACAUUUAGAUUACUUUGUAUAUGUGCUAUUUAGACAUCAAUAUUAUGAACUUUUAAGAAGUUAUUGAAUUUGAUGUGCUAUUUGGACUUCAAUAUUAUGAACUUUUAAGGAGUUAUUGAAUUUGUUGUAUGUGUUGUGAAUGGAUUGAUUAUAAAUUGAAAUGUGUAAUAAAUGUUAUAUGAAAUUUAUUUGUUUAUAUUUUUUAUCUUAUAUUUCUGUAGAAUAA